AUGGCAGGGACUGAGCUCUCCGUCCCUUCUGAGCAGUUUACCAAAAUCAAAGCAUGGGAGCUGAUGCCACCAAAAGCCCUGGAAGUGGUGCAGGAAGAGGGAGCGUGCAGAGGGAGGGAAUACCUGGGCCCCGGAAAUGUGGAGGCCCAGGGCACCUAUGGGCUCCUCGAGGCCAAGAUGCUGGAGGGGGAGCGGGGGCUGGUGCUCACCGCGGACGAGAGCGAGAAGCACAUCGUGACCCUGCAGACGGUGCACUUUUCCUCCGAAGACGUGCAGCUACAGGACGUCGGCUGGCUGACACUGCAGGGCCGGGAAGGGGUGCAGGGGGCGGUCCGGCAGGCCAGCGGCGGGGAGCAGUCUCUGCUGUGGCUGGACGAGGGGUCCCAGCAGUGCGUGGCCAUUAGCAUCCAGGAAGACGCGUACAUUUUGCAAGAGCUGGAGGUGAUGCACCUUCACGUUCUGGAGGGCAGUGUGGCCGUGGCCAGCGAAGACACCAAGUUUGUGGUGAGCUUGGCCGAAAGCACCGGGUGGGUCAAGGGGGAGGACCAGCCGUCUGCUGAAGGAGGGUUCCGCGCCCAGACCCAGGAGCAGUUCUUUCUCGUGGAAGCCAAGCCUGGAGACAAAGGAAGUGACGAAAUUGUUCUGACAAUUUCAAACUUAAACGUGGGAGAACAGGAAGACAGACCUGCCUCCGGUCAAGGCCGUGUUGAAAAAGCCAACUCUACAAACAAUCAGAAAAAGGCAAAGGAAGCAAAACGACCCUUCUGCUGUGAUAGCUGCGUGUUCACCUCUUCUAGAAUUUCGAGUUUUAAUCGUCAUAUGAAAACUCACAGCACCGAAAAGCCCCACAUGUGCCACCUGUGCCUGAAAGCCUUCCGCACGGUCACUCUUCUGCGGAAUCAUAUCAAUACUCACACAGGAACCAGGCCCUACAAGUGUGGUGACUGUGUCAUGGCAUUUGUCACCAGUGGAGAACUCGUCCGACACAGACGUUAUAAACACACUCACGAGAAACCCUUUAAAUGUUCCAUCUGCAAGUAUGCCAGUGUGGAAGCGAGCAAGCUAAAGCGACACACCCGCUCGCACACGGGGGAGCGUCCCUUCCAGUGCAGCCUGUGCAGCUACGCCAGCAAAGACACCUACAAGCUGAAGCGACACAUGAGGACACACUCAGGUGAGAAGCCCUACGAAUGCCACGUGUGCCACACACGCUUCACGCAGAGCGGCACCAUGAAAAUACACGUUCUACAGAAGCACAGCAAGAAUGUCCCCAAGUACCAGUGUCCGCACUGUGCCACCAUCAUCGCAAGGAAGAGCGACCUGCGUGUCCAUUUGCUCAACCUGCAUACUUACAAAGCCACAGAAAUGAAGUGCCGUUACUGUACCGCCGUCUUCCACGAACGCUACGCCCUCGUUCAGCACCAGAAAACCCAUAAAAAUGAGAAAAGGUUCAAGUGUGAAUACUGCUCUUACGCCUGCAAGCAGGAACGCCAUAUGACCGUUCACAUACGUACCCACACCGGAGAGAAACCAUUUACCUGCGUCUCGUGCAAUAAAUGUUUCCGACAGAAGCAACUUCUAAACGUGCACUUCAGGAAAUACCAUGAUGCAGACUUCAUCCCGACUGUUUACCAAUGCCCCAAGUGUAGCAAAAGCUUCUCCCGCUGGAAUAAUAUGCAGAGACAUUCCGCGAAGUGUGACGCGGGCCAGGGAAAGCCGGCCGCCUCGGGCAAAGUGAGAAGAGUGAAGAGGAGAAAGCUGGCCGUCCUGAAAGAGGCAGGAAAGGAAGACGACGCCACUAAGGAGGUAUCUGCUGUGAGCGUGAAGCAGUACCCGGGAGAGACGGUUCCAGUCUGUUAUGGAGGCAUCGCGGUCGGAAACAAGGGCCUGGACGAAGACCUGAGCUGUGAAAUGAUCCUCCAAAUGAUGGACAAGUGACAGAGCUUCCCAGUUCGCGUUCGUAGCAGUCAGUUCUCCGACAAGUUCGAACUUUGCGGCACGUUCUUUGAAACAAGUUCAUGACGAUGGACGGUCUCGGUUUUUCCCAAGUGUGAGGUUAGUGCCCAG